AUGUCUUCCUCAGACUCCGAGGCGUCGUUGUCCACUUCCAGCUCCAAAAAACGCACUUCGACUGAUGAGAUUCUCGAUAAUCUGACUGCUACGGGAAGACAGAAGAAGAUCAAGUUGAGCGACACAUUAUCCGAAUAUCGCACGGCUGGGCGCAAGGCAGUUGCCACCUUGCAUCCAUUUACAAAUGUGUCGCUCGCAUUUCAUUACGGGAUGACCCUUGAUAAGGGUGGUUCAUCCAGUUCAAACAUAUCUGAGGAGCAACAGACGCGAUUUCUCGCAUUUUACAACACUAUUCUAGAUUUUGUUCCAGGCUUCCGUGCAAAUCUCGACAACUUGUCAUAUGAUGAGCUCAAACCUUACAUUACAGCGAUCCACAGUUCAAUGAGCUCCCAACGCUCGGAUGACUUUUCAUCCCUGAAGUACUCAAUGCUUGAGUACAUUCUUGCCAACCGCAGCACUGAUACCCUCCAACCUCCCAUCCCAAAGUCUUCCUGCAAGUCGAACCGCGGCGUCAAUCAUCCCCGACUAGCACGGGAACUUUGCCCCAAGAAAUGGCUCGAUGAAUUUGACAAAGAUACCGACCUAGGGAUGCAACGUCUGCAAGACGGAGGAUGGCCUCUGCUUGCUACGAACUGGCCAUCCUUUCUGUAUCCUGCUGAUGCUGCUUACGACGCAGAAGAUCCGAUCACCGGCCUAUUCCGUGGACAUGCAGGUAUCAGGGCAUUUCAGCAUCUAUACUUAGGGCCCGCCGCUGCAGGAUCACAAGAUAAUGAUGAUGAAGACAGCAAGCAUGGCGGAGGAAAGUCAAAGUGCACCAUGUACGGGCUAACAAAAGUGACACCGCAGUCGUGGGCUUGGGCUAUGUGUGUGGCGUGGUUUUCCCUAUGCAACUGCAACUCCUACAGGAUUAUCAUCGGCUCAUUCAACCUCGAAGAGUUCUUUUCAGCCAUUGUCGAGGCACUCGAUGAUACCGAGGAUCCGUGGGCAGUGGAAACACUCAAAUGGAUUAACGAACAGGUAUUUGGCAAACAUGCAGCCAAGGCAAUGAUGGCCACUUCGAAUGACGCUGACUCCGAUCUUGCAAAAAUGAGGGCGAAACGCGCUGCCCGCAAACAAGGGGCCCCCUUGACUGCUCCUCCAAAGCCCACUGCAGUUCCUCCCCCGAUUCACCGUCCCGUCACUCCGCCUAGUAGACUACCGUCUCUCGCUCCAUCUUCACCGUUGUCACUCCCACCUUCACCAAAACCUACCGACUCGGAACCUGCUACUGCUCCUUCUGAACUUGCCACCGCUCACGAUGCUCUUGCUGCUCCAACCGAUCCUGAACCACCUCUGACUGCACGACGAAAGGUACUCCCGAGACCUAAGCCUACAAAGCCAAAGUCGAGUGUCCGUCCCACACGUCUCGUUGCUAGCGGUGCCGAAGUCAAUGAACCAGCUCCUGUCGUACCUCAGAAGAAAAAGGUUGCGCCUCGCCGUGGUAGAAAGGCGGAUUAG